GUCGCCACCUGGCGGCGACAGUGGCAAACUGCUGCCUCGUUGUCCAUCCCGCUUUGCUGGUGAUCACCAAAAUGACCCGUGGCUGGCCUCUACCUCUUUUAAUCAGACGAAAAUAAAAAAAAGAGAAGAAAGACUCAAUUCACACGUUCGUGUUAUGUAUAUAAAAUAUUUUCUUUACAUUUUUGGACUUCAGAAAUCAUUUUAGGGCCCUUUAAGACGUGGAUGGAGAAAUGUGGUGCUACCAGAAACCGGGCUUCGAAGCCCUCAUCGUUGCAGAACUACGAAAGCAGCAGCAAUGCAGCCAGUUCUGUGACACUUUGCUCAAAGCUGGAGGUGUUUCAGUCCCAGCACACAGUUGCAUUCUGUCGGCCAUCAGCCCUCACAUCUCCUCGGCUCUGUCGUCCUCACCGGCGCCCCCUUCUGGACAGAGCCGUCUCCUGGAGUUCCAGGCCCUGGGCGCCUGCACCCUGCUGCACAUCAUCCGGCUCCUUUACUCCGGAGAGAUGGCCGGGGAGGGGGAGAACGAGAAGCAGGAGGCCAUUUACGCUGCAGCCAAGCUCGGCAUCAGCGGCUUGGUGGAGGUGACGAAGAGCAGAGGAAGGUUUGGUGGAGGGACAGAGCAGUACGCGGAGGUGGGGGUCCAAACGGAGCCACAGAGGACAGAGGAGCAUGAGGGGAGGCUGGUCAGGUGGAGGAGAGAGGUGAGGGAUGGGUCCACCUAUAUGUGGAAAGAGGCGGAGGUGUCAGGUGGAGGAAGAGACAUGUGGACUCAAACUGAGGAACAGCUUGUCGACUCAUGUCCUCCUGUCCCCGCAGUGGUCCCCUAUGAGACCAUCGACAUGAGCGUCCUCCAGAGUUUAGGACACACAGACUCUCAUCAGCUUGUCACUGUCAUCUACCCACCCGAAGAAAACCAAACGCUGCAGUACACCGCUGCUCCACCAGGCUGUCUGCAGGAAUCCACAACACCUGGAAGGACAUCUGUCGCCAUCGUGACGCCACAGUACGCGCCUCUUCCUGCUCCUCUUCCUCAUUACUCCACCCAGACGGCUCCCUGUGUGGCCGAUUCUCAGAGCUGCUGGGCCGACCCUAACCCAGAGGAAUGGGAAGGAGAGAGUGUGGAGCAGUUUGAGGGAAACAUUGUGGGAUUCAUCAACCACUUCCUGAACCCGGAGAAGAGGGAGAGCCCCCGCAGGGGGCGGGCAGGGAGGAAGCCAAGGGGUGCCCAGGCAGCCAAGAGCGGACAGCAGAGGACCAGGAGACCCAGAGGGAGGCCGAGAGGGAGGGGGCGAGGCACGUUCACUCAGAUGGUGGAUGUGCAGGAGAUUGGGGUGAGCAAACUGCAGAAACUGUUCCUGCACAGGUGGAGGGUGAGGACGCCCAGAGCAGGUCAGGGUGGGGGCGCUGUGGGCAGGAGGCUACACCAGAAGACCAGGGAGGAGCUGGAGCCAGCCAAGAAGAAGCCGAGGAGACGUGGAAACGUGUUUGAGGAGGACCAGAGUCAGGAGACGCCGCAAGGCAGAGGGGGAGCGAACACCCAACGGGGGAGAAGAAAAACCACACAGCAGGUUGCCCAGGCCAGUCUUCCUGUUGGCAUGGAUCAGAUCUGCAGGAACCAACCAACACCCUCCAACAACCUCUAUGAUGGGCCUAUUUUAACGUCUUCCAGUCCCUCCAUUCGACCGAUGCGUUCGCAUGCUGCACCAUACGUUUCCCCAGCAUCAUCCCGUCUCUACAGCCCACAGUUUGCUCCUCCAACUCCUCCGCCUCACGAGGACCAGCCUGAGCACAUCGAUCGUUUGUUGGAGGAGGUCUUUCAGGAUCUGGACAUCUUACCAAACAACAAAGCUCCUCUUUCAACAGGCAGCAACACUCCUGGCAACUCUGCUAUCCAAAACAAACACCAGGCCCAGAUUAGCAGCUGUGAGAUGCCAGUGCUGCAGCAGCAAUGUGAGGGGGAGCUGAACGACAUUCUGGAAAACUUACUCCAAUCAUUUGAGCAGCAUGAUGAAAGCAAUCACGCCAGCUCUUGCAUUCAGAUCUCUCCAGAAGCCAGUCAGGCAAUUCAGAGGAAUUACAAAACAACCAAGAUUCAUGAGGAAACCUCUCACACACCUUUUCUGCAGCGCAUAGUCAAUCGCUCUCAGACACCUGGAGUACAGAGGGCUGAUACCGGACUAUCAGACACCCAAGCUGUUUCCUCUAAAAAGUUCAAAUCCGUCACACCAGCAAGGAGGCCGAAGAGGAGGAGGUCAAACACGUAUCUGUUCUCGUUAGAGAAGAAAAAGGUGAAGAAGCCGGCAUCGUCGCGGGACUCAAAGGCCACGUCGGGUCAGGAUCAACAGGAGAAGCAGCUGCAGCAGACACCGGUGGUGAAACUGACUAGAGACAACUUGCUGUCAGUCAGAGCGGCGCGGCAGGGAAACAACUGUGAGCUUUCUGAGGAAAAGAGUCCAUCAAAGGGAAACUCCCAUUUUGGCAGUUUCAGAAGGCACUUGGUCACAAAGUUCUACCCAAUCAGGAGCAGAUUUAGGGAUCCACACAUCCAGGACUUUUUGCCUUUUCUGGAGGAGGAUUCAGUACAGACAACAAGGCCACCAAAUCGAAGGUGUGGCAGGCCAAAGAAAAAUGGAAAUCUUCUUAGUUCAUCUCAUGUUGAGAGCACGACAACUUCAGAGAAAAUCCCUGAGACAGAAAAAUGUGAAGCAGUCAUUGAGGAGGAUGAUGUAGAUGUGGUGGGAGGUAUGGGGCCAUCCCCUGUACCUGUCAACAUAACCUGGACAGACUCUUCAGAGGAAGAAAUUGAUGUUGGGAUCUGAUUCAAAGAAGUUAGUUAUUUACAUUGGUUUGCAGGUUUUCACAGCUAAUUUGUGGCUGUUCAGUUUGUUUUAGCUGUAAACAAAACCGUUUGGAGGGUUUUAAAGCCAAAGGGUAAGAGGUAUUUUAUCUUAGUUCUAAAUAUGUUCAGCAGUCUGAUUCAGAUGUGUAAGAACAGGGAUAUUUUUAAAAGUUACAAAGCAGUGUUUGAAGAAUGGAGUCUUCUGGUUUAAAGCAUUUUCAUAGCCUAGUCAAAGUCCAGGCCUACAGCCAGUUAAGAAUCUGUAGCAACACUUGAAAAUUGCUCAAAACAGAUGUCCUCAUUCUGAUGAGACUGGAAUUGAUCUGUUUCAUAAAGUAAAAUUAGAAAAAUGUUAAAUGUUUCACUAAGUUCUGACUCAGGAAUGUACAGUUUUUCUUUAUGUGGGCAUCUGACUAGAAGGACUUUAGAAAGUAAUAGUAAUUCUCUAUCUGUGAGGUGCAUCUGAAGGUUUCCAAAUUUCUGGGUGGAUGUGCACUGAAUUGGGAGUUGCUGCCCCCUUGUGUUGACAGGUGCUUCCUGCUUGCAGCUGAGAAUUGGGAGAUGAGUCUGUCACACUCUUCCCAUGUGGGAUAAAUAAAUUCUGUUGCAUCUUCAUUUCGAUUAGUUUCUGAGUGCCAUGUUUAGCAGCUCCAGUUGGGGGUGUAACAUUUUCAUAAACUGGAACCGUUUCUGUCGCUGUAGUGACGGGAUGAGGGGCUCGCCCUGGGCAAUGUUCAUGCUGUCAUGGGGUGACUGACUAUAUGCACAAAAACACUUUUUAAAUUUUAGUUUCUAAAAACGUGUAAUUUUCCCCUUUAAAUCUUUUAAAUGUCACGACAUGCAAGCUAAAAUCCAAAUAAAAGAGACUGACGUUUGUGGUUGUAACCUGAUAAUAUUUUGGGAAAUUGCUGAAUAAAUGAUUCUGUAUGCACCUGA